AUCCUGCCUACCAUGUCGUACUACGACGGCCGCGAUAGUCGGGGCUACCGGGUCAAGCGCGAUCGAUAUUCUCGUCCGGGCGGCUACGUCGAGGAAACCUAUGUGGACAGUCGGGGUGGCUACGGCCGUGAAUUGGGUCCCGUUCGUCGUCGCGACAAUGACAGCCAAGAGUCUGUUGUUGAAGAGGUGACGAGGGACUUCCCCCCUGGCGAGUACUACUAUGGAUACCCAAGAUCGCGCCGUUCCAUGCCUGUCCGGGAGACUGUCCCUCGCCGUGCUCGCUCUGCCGGUCGUGAUCCCUAUUACGACGACGACUACUAUCGCCGCGAUGAUUACCGACCUCGCAGGUCGAAGCGCUACCCCGAUAAACGCGACCGCCACGAACGCCGCUCGUCAUACUCUUCCUCUCGCAGCCCAUCGCCCCGUCCCCGCAGACGCAAGUCUCUGAGUGAACAGGCCAUGGGUGCUAUUGGAGGGGUUCUUGGAGUCAAAUCUGGCCGUGAUCGCUCUCGUGAUCGAUCCACCGACCGUCAUUCAGACCGCUAUUCAGACCGCUAUUCAGAGCGCGGCCGGUCUCAUCGUCACCGUGCCCACUCAGACUCUCGCUCUCGUAGUCGGGGCGGCGGUCGCCGCGCCAAAAGUGAAGCCCGCAUGGCCCAGGCUGUCAAGGCUGCUCUUGCAGCUGGUGCCGCAGAAGCUUUCCGUGCCCGUAAAGACCCUGGCCCAUGGACAGGCGACAAGGGCAAGCGAAUUUUGACGGCUGCUAUAUCUGCCGGUGGUGUUGACGGCCUCAUUGACCGUGAUCCUAAUUCCCACGGUGGCCGCCAUGUGGUCGAAUCGGUCCUCGCCGGCAUGGCUACGAACCGGUUUGUCAACGGCGAAAGGUCCAGCUCAAGAUCCGGAGCGAGGGGACAGAGCAGAGGGCGCAGUCAGAGCCAGGGGGGAGGAGGCAUCAAAGAUAUGGCUUCUGCCGGAAUCCUCGCCGCCGCGGGCAAACAAAUCUACGAUCGAGUUCGCUCGAAAUCCCGUGGGCGCAGCCGGUCAGACUCCCGAGACAGCUAUUCCGACGACCGUGGCCACACUGACUCCAAGAGACGUGGUUCGAGCGUGUCUCGCGCUAUCAACAAGGGUAUGGCGGCCCUGGGGCUUGAUGACAAGAAAAAGGAUGACCGUCGGCAGGACCGGUCAUCCCGCUAUUCUGACUACUCUGAUUCUGGAGACGAUGACUCCUAUAGGUCGUCUGGACGGCGACAUAGGUCAUCUCGAGAUGUACGUUCCCAAUCAGCAGCUUCUCGUGGCUCCACUUCUCGCGCUUUAGCAAGAUCUAAAACCCCCGGCUCUACUAAUGGCAACCUUGAGUGCCAUAGUGAUUGCGAUAGUGAUUCUAACCUUGGAUCCAGUGACGAUGAAAAACGCGAAAAAAAGAAGAUGCUCCGUAAGGAGUUGGUGACUUCAGGGCUAGCAGCAGUGGCGAGUAUUCAUGCUGCUCACAGCGUAGCAAAGAACUAUGAAGCCCAGAAGAAACGACGGCAAGCUCUGAAGGAAGGCACAAUUUCCAAGGAGCAAGAGGCAAAAAUGCACAAGAAAGGAAAUCUACAAAACGUGGCUUCGAUUGGUUUAGCUGCCCUCGGUAUCAAAGGGGCUGUCAGUGAAUGGAAGGAAGUGCACGAACAGAGAAAGGAACACAAAGAAUUCGAAAACAAAUGCAAAGAGCGACAUGAGAAGCGACUGCUAAGACGGAGCCAAAGCUUGAACGGGUCCAGGUCGUCAAGGAAUCCUCAAUCGGCGGGUGCCAGUCCAGCCAGCAUGAGCAUAAACGGCUAUGGGGGCUCUCCAAAGUCUCAUAUUUUGCGGCCUUCUAUCGCCUCUCGACCAGUCACUUCGCCGUUGACUGUACAAAGCCGCACAUUCGUUGAGCUGAAAUCCGCAGGAGGGAAAACAGAGGCCGAUUUGAUAGUCGAAGAAUUGCAAGAGCUAUACAAUGAUGCCAAAGAUGAAUUCGAGAUCGCCGUCGAUAGCACAAACAGCGCAACGAUUUACGCCUCGUCCGAUCGUGACUCGGCACGAGAAUACCUCAACCAACUCCUCUAUGUCUACACAGCUUAUACAUUUCCAAAAGAUGCGCCUGCCCCCGAUGCGCAAGAUGCAUCAGUACAAUUGACGAGCCCGAUGGAUGAGGAGCCCAACUUUGACCCGGAAAGUGUAACACCCGAGGUCAGAGAAGAAGUUAAAAAGAGGGUAGGACAGAGAAUCAGGGAACUGAGGAGUGGUGUGGAUAGAUUGGAGGCUAUGGCUGGACAUGAGGCCUAA